AGAGAAGAUAAUUGUCUUAUUAUUGGUUAGGAAUCUUUACUCGCUUUCCCUAUAAGAAGCAAGACUCCUUCACUUGUAUAAUGCCAUCUCAUCAGUCAUCACAAUCAUCAUUAUCUAACUAUCUAGUUAGAUGGCGCCGGUGAAGAGCAGGUUGUGUAAGACAAAGAAGGAAAUGGCGGUGGAGCUGGCUGAAUACACGGCGGAUCUCUCCUCCAAAUUCUGCAAAGAAAGAGAUAAAUUCACCGUUGUUCUCUCCGGCGGCGACCUCAUCUCCUGGCUCUGGAAAUUGUUGGAACCUCCUUAUAUUGAUUCAAUUGAAUGGUCUAAGUGGCACAUCUUUUGGGUCGACGAGAGGGUUUGUGGUUGGGAUGAUGCUGAUAGCAACUAUAAACUCGCCCACGAUGGUUUUCUCUCCAAGGUUCCGAUUCCUGCGGAAAACAUCAACGCCAUUGACAAAGGUCUUGGGGCCGAAGGCAACGCUGAGCUCGCAGCCGAACGGUACGAGGAGUGCCUCAAAGAUAAGGUGAACCAAAACAUAAUCCGAACACACAAAUCCUCCGGUUUCCCACAAUUCGAUCUCCAGCUUCUAGGAAUGGGACCGGACGGUCACAUGGCGUCUUUAUUCCCGGGACAUGAUCAGAUCAAUGAGAAAAAGAAAUGGGUUACAUCCAUAACCGACUCACCUAAACCGCCACCAAAAAGGAUCACUUUUACUUUACCGGUUAUCAAUUAUGCUUCAUACAAUGUUAUGGCCGUAUGUGAUAUAGAACAAGCUGAUUCGGUUGCGGCUGCUCUUAAUCAUACCAAAGACGUACCGGCCGGUAGACUAAUCGCGGAUGUUGAAGUGGUUUGGUUCCUUGACCAAGCAGCUGCGUCUAAACUCCAUCAUGGCUGGUGGUGCUCCAUCCUUUAGUUUACACGUUUUUUGGUUUUAUCUCGCUGAAUCUGUUUGGUUUGGUUCGUUUGUAACCGUGUAUUGCUAUUACUUGUUAUGUCGUGUACUAUACCAAUUGUUAUUUUUGGUUUACAAGUUUUCUCUAAUAAUUGGUUUCAUAAUUUGGUAGAGGAUGUUAAACCCACAUGAUCAACAUUUGAAUGAGGAAAAGAAUAUCCCUAAAUUGAUUACUAAGUAGAGG